AUGGGAGAGUAUGGGUUUACUCGAGGUGUUGCGGAAUUACCAUAUUUAUCAAUGUUGGUAGAUAUUUUUAUUGGUAGCUUUGUUUGUACACUAUUUGAAAAGAGAUUCAACAAAGCUAUGGCUAAGAAUAAUGGAAAACCUAUUCCCGAAGAAAGGUUGUCUCCCAUGAUAUUUGGAUCAAUAUUUUUUGCAAUUGGACUCUUCUUGUUAGCUUGGAGCGGCUCUUAUCCAGAACAUGUUCACUGGAUUGUUCCCACAAUUGGCAGUUCCUUUAUUGGUUUUGGUUUAAUUACUAUCUUUUUGCCAUGCAUGAACUAUAUUAUUGAUUGUUAUUUAAUGUUUGCAGCAUCUGCCAUGGCAGCCAACACCUUUUUGAGGUCUAUGUUUGGAGGAGCGUUCCCUUUAUUUGCCCGUCAGAUGUUUGUGAAUAUGAAAAUACAAUGGGUAGGUAUUUUAUUAGGCUGUGUUAGUGUUGUGUUGUUACCAGUACCUUUCUUAUUUUACAGUUAUGGCCGAAAGAUUAGAGAAAAGUAG